UAAAGAAUAACUUCUGUAGUGAGAUGUACGGAUGUACUCGAACGCACCAGACCAUGUGGGUCGCAGGUUGACGUGAGGUGUGCGACAGACGUCGGGAGACAUGAUGAUGGCGGCUAACUGCGAAUAAAAGCACGACGUUGAGACCAAUUCAACUAUGUGCGUGUGUGUAGAUGAUCGCGUUCAGUCCACGGUGGAGAGCGGCUGCGCUGAGGGAAACCUCCCCCUUCUGACUUGAAGAUAUAUGGAAGUUCAGCUGCAGCCGUUCACGCGAAGAAGUGUCUUGAGAGGCCGCUGUGAGCAUGGCGGACCGGGAGGAGCGCCGCUUCGCCGAGAUUUCCCGAGAGUCCGUCAAAUUCAUGGCCGAGAGUUCAGGCGUGGAGCUCGGCGACGACGUGGCUGCUCUUCUGGCUGAGGAUGUGUGUUACCGGCUCAGGGAGGCAGCACAGAGCAGCUCACAGUUCAUGAGACACGCCAAGAGGAGGAAGCUGACGGUGGAGGACUUCAACAGAGCUCUGCACUGGAGCAAUGUGGAGGCUGUUUGUGGCUACGGGGCGCAGGAUGCUCUGCCUUUCCGUUCAGCGAAAGAAGGAGAGCUUUUCUUCAUCGAGGAUCGGGACGUAAACCUGGUCGAGUUGGCUCUGGCCACCAACAUUCCCAAAGGUUGUGCUGAGACCAUGGUUCGAGUGAACGUGUCGUACCUGGAUGGGAAAGGUAACCUGGAGCCUCAAGGGACGGUUCCCACCGCAGUGCAGUCUCUGUCAGACGACCUAUUGAAGUACUACCAGCAAAUCACGCGGGCCAUCCUGGGAGAGGACCCUCACCUGAUGAAGGUGGCUCUGCUGGACCUCCAGUCCAACGCCAAGAUUGCUGCUUUACUACCGUACUUUGUUUAUGUCAUCAGUGGGGUGAAGUCGGUGAGCCACGACCUGGAGCAGCUCAACAGACUCCUCCACAUGGUGAAGAGCCUGGUGCAGAACCCCUACCUGUACCUGGGGUCGUACGUCCGGAGCCUGGUCUCCAGCGUCAUGUACUGCAUCCUGGAGCCGCUGGCUGCUUCCAUCAACCCGCUCAACGACCACUGGACCCUCAGGGACUACGCCGCGCUGCUGCUGAGCCACAUCUUCUGGACUCACGGGGACCUGGUGAGUGGCCUCUACCAUCAGAUCCUGCUGUCGCUCCAGAAGGUUCUGUCGGAUCCAGUGAGACCACUCUGCUCCCACUACGGAGCCGUGGUGGGGCUUCACGCUCUGGGAUGGAAAGCUGUCGAGAGAGUUCUCUUUCCACAUCUUCCUGCCUACUGGGCCAACCUUCAGGCCGUGCUCGAUGAUUAUUCCGUUUCCAACGCUCAGGUCAAAGCAGAUGGACACAAGGUCUACGGAGCCAUUCUGGUGGCAGUAGAGCGCCUGUUGAAGAUGAAGGCUCUGUCCCUGUCCCAGCCCGCAGAGGGAGGCUCAAGCGGUCACACUGGCUCUGUGGUGGGUGCUAUGGGUUACAGGGUGAGCUCCCCUGGACUCAGCCCCCCUCCAGAGCCUCUGUCUGAGGCUGCCCUCGGAAUAGCGAGCCACCUCCAGGCGGGCGGGGCGGGCUGUCCCUGGGAGGAGUGGACGCCGGUCCCUCUCCCUGCCAUGUACUGUGAGCUCUACUCCUUCUUCGGCGACAGCCUGGCUGUCAGGUUCAGUACCGGACCAGGGUUCGGCAGCUACCCGCCCUACGCCCCGUCCCAGCUCGGCGAAGCCAGGAAGGAAGCCCCUGGCCCCGCCUCCAACCCUGACACCACUCGUAAGAUGCCACAGCUCACCGCCAACCUCAACAUCAGCCCCCGGCACGACGGGAGUCCUCGCACCGACCCGGCCCCGCCUAGCCUGGCCGCUACGGGACCAGGGAGGUCCCUGACUCGCUCCUCCACCUCCACCUCCUCCGUCCAGCGCUCCCGAUCGUGCUCGUCGCGUUCGGGUCAGCGUCCGGCGGGUCUGUCUCGCGACGUCUUCCCCAAAGCUCGCUUCACCUCUCCUCAGGCCGGAAUUCCAGCCUUCACCUUUCUCAUUGGCGGCCGGCAAAUGGGCCGUCGUUGCCAGGGCCGCCGCCCUUUCCAGACCACUUUUGCCCCGACUCCACCUCUCUCUGCCGUCCCACCGCGUGCCUACGCCCACAAACUGCCCGUCAUCGGCAGGGUGGGCAGACCUGUGCGCCGCUGGGCAUGUUCCUGUUACUCUCUUCACUUGCCUCUCUAGGGACCAGCCAACAGAAACUGACCUCUUCACACUGCUUCACUGCUAUAAACCUGUAAAUACUUCAAAAUUAAUUUUUCCCUCUUAAACUCCCAAUAUUUUGGUCUUUUGUGAUGAUGUUUUCAUAGUUGAAAGUUGUACAGAUUCUGUUUUAUUAUUUGGAAAACAAUUCUAUUAAAACCUGAAAGACUUUCUCA